AUGGCAAUUAAUAAUCUUAAUCAAACAUUAUUAAAUGAAGACCAAAAUAAAAAUCAGCUGAAAGAUACAAGAAAAAUCAAAGGAGAAAAAUAUGAUUUGUUAAUUCAAACCUUAGAGCAAGAAUAUCUUGAGACUCUAUGUAAACAAAAUAAAUUACAAGAAUUGCGACAAGAAUUAUAUCUAAAAAGAAAUUUUAAAUUAAAUUAUAAAGAUAUUAACACAUUCUUAGAAGCUUUUGAAUCAUUAUUAAAUGAUAUAAUAUUAAAAGAAAAGGUUUAUUGUUUACUUCAAGAGUUGUUAUUAGGAUAUUUAAAAGUAUUUCCACAUGGUGAUUUUAUUAAAACAUUAGAUAAAAAAAAUUAUUUUGAUAUUGAAAUUAAUAAAUUAGAUGAUAUUGAAGAUAAACAAAAUCUUCAAUAUUUAAAAAAAAAAUUUAUUUCUGGACAUAUAGAUCAUAUUCAUAACAAAUUAGAACAAAAUAAUCAAGAAAUAAUUAUAUUAAAAGAGGAAAUUUUACGACUUAAACAAUUAAUCAGACAACAAUCAAACUUUAAAUUUAUUUUAUUUG